AUGACCGCCCAACCCCAACCAGAAUACUUGACGGGCGAUGUCGCCGCAAUCAAUGCCUUUAUUGACCGCUUUGAUGUCUUCCUGCUCGAUUGUGACGGGGUGAUAUGGUCUGGUGAUCAUGUCUUUGAAGGUGUGGUUGAGACACUGGAGCUCCUAAGGUCUAGAGGCAAGAGGACUGUCUUUGUGACAAAUAAUUCAACAAAGUCGCGGUCUGACUAUGUCAAGAAAUUUGCCGCCAUGGGAAUUCCCUCGGAUGUCGAGGAUAUAUUCGGGUCGGCAUAUUCUUCGGCCAUCUAUAUCUCGAGGAUUCUCAAGCUGCCGCCGCACCAGAACAAGGUCUUUGUUAUUGGUGAAGCAGGCAUCGAGAGUGAGCUGAAGAGUGAAAACGUGCCCUUCAUCGGCGGCACCGACCCAAGCUUCCGGCGGGACAUGACCCCGGAGGACUGGGCGGGCAUCGCCGACGGGUCUCUGCUCGACCCCGAGGUGGGCUGCGUGCUCACCGGAUUGGAUUUCCACAUCAACUACCUGAAGCUAUCGCACGCAUACCAGUAUCUUAGACGAGGGGCAAAGUUCUUGGCGACUAACGUCGACUCUACGUUCCCCACCCACAACAGCUUUUUUCCCGGCGCCGGGUCCAUCGGCAUGCCUUUGGUCAACUCAACGGGACAGAAGCCCGUGUCUCUUGGGAAGCCCAGCCAGGCAAUGAUGGACGCCAUUGAAGGGAAAUUUCAUCUCGACCGCGAGAGGACGUGUAUGAUUGGUGACCGGCUUGACACGGAUAUCCAGUUCGGCAUCCAAGGCAAGCUCGGCGGCACGCUUGCGGUCCUGACUGGCGUGAGCCACCGAGAGGACUGGGAGGCGAAAAAUGCUGCGGCAGUGCCCAAAUUCUACGUGGACAAGUUGAGCGACCUCCUCAAAGCCGCGUGA